AUGGAAGCUGUCAGGAAUGAUCUGCUCGAUGUGUACAAGCUGCUUGAGACUCAGGCACGAGAGCUUCCACAGGACACACCUCCAUUAGAUAUCUACAACAUCUCAGAUCAUCUAAUGUUGGCACUCAUUCAAGGUCAGGUAUCAAUGUUCAACUAUCUCCUCUCAUUAGAGACGCAACAAUCAAUGUCCAACAGGAUUCAAAGUGAGAGGUACUUCUUUAAUGUUUCACGAGUAGUACCCUCUUUCCAUACCAACAAUAACCAGAAGGCGGCGAUGUCAUCAAUACUCAAGACACUGAUCGGAUACAUUGAGAGGCACUACUCCAAUGACACAUCAAUCACUCCAUUUCAAGCAUUCCGUGUGUUGUUGAAGGAUGCACAUCCAUUCGGGCUGAUACUUAUGUGUCAGGACAUUGAGUUGGCAGAGAUGGCAAUCAAGUACGUGGCAUUAGAUGGCAAACAACUUGGCAUAUAUUGCAAUGCUAUAUUUGAUCAUUGCAGUAGAUCAAAAUAUGCGCCCUACAUCCCCUCAGACUACGAGUUCGAUCAACAAGAGCUCAAGCACACUGUCCAGUUCCUCUUUGCACUAUUGAAGUUCUAUGGCCGCCAUGUGGACAGCACUGAGGUACAGUUCCCAAGUUGCCGCGGGGCUCUCACCAAGUUUGGAGUUCUGCUGACAGACUUUUACGUGAUCUUGUCCUCACAGUACGCCUCACCACCACUCCGGUCAUACAUAAGGAGGGGCAUCUUUGACAACAUCCACCAAGAUUGCAGUGAUUAUCAUGAACAAUUCAUUGAUUUCUACCUCAAUCAAUCAAAUGGACGUCAUCAAACGUUGAUUGAUUUCAACGCUAUAUGUACAUAUGGCACGAAGGAUAUGGUUACAAUAGGCUAUGAUUGGAUUUGUAAGCACUUCGACCAUAAUAUAUAUUUGCACAAAGCUUAUCCCAAGUCAUUGGAGAUACUAGAGUUCCUCGUUGACAAAAAUUGGUACCACUUGGACCAGAUGGCAAUGCUAGUUCACUUUAUAUCAAUGGCCGAUCCAGACAUGCUCAAGGCAUUCUUGACUGAAUAUGAUAUCAAUCCAUUGUUUACCACUGAUGAUGAUGGUGAUCUCCACAUUGAUGGUCUCAUUGAUUCGGUGGGACCCACGGAGUUCCACCCCAUUGACAAAUGUGCAAUCAUUCAAUCAAUCAUCCAGACAGAGUUUGAUCGGCAACGCUGCCCCAAGAUCUUUGACAUCAUCUCACACCGCAUAGAGGAGAUGACACUGCAACUCUAUCAAACAUUCUCUAAAGAUGGACUGAUUAGGAUAAGGUUUGACUCUCCCGAGACAUUCCUGGCGGACCCAGCUGUAGCCAGGUAUCUUCUAUCUCAAGUCGUAGCAGACUUUGAUACUGCCAUUGUUGAAAAUGCCAUGAAGUCGGCAUGUGCUUUGGGCUUGAUGGAGUGUGUCCAUUUGCUCGAUUCACCCAGUAAGGUCUUUAGCGACAUUCGAUCAUGGGAGGGCACAAUGUCAGCUCUGCUUCAUCAUGCGUUUAUAAAUGGCCAUCACUCAAUCUGUCACUACCUCAUUGGCUGUGGCGCAAGGUUUGGCGGUAUGACAUUCCAAUGGGUAGGAACAAUGGACGUGGCUACAUUGGAUACUUUGAUUGACAUGCUAGAGAUGACCAACAAGGAUAAAUGUCAAGUGUUUGGCUAUUCAUGCCUUCAUCUCAACUUACCAUUGAUCAAGAGAUCGAGUCGAUAUGUUGGAAUGCUUCUCAGAGUUGAUGGUCAAGUGUCAUCAUUCACAACAGUCAUCAAACACAUCAAACGAUCAAACCUCCUCGACCGAUCCUGA